GCCUCCACAACCCCAAUGACCCAAGUGGAGUUCGAGUUAGCCUGCACAACUCUCAAGCAGCUUAAGGGCCCAGUGAGUGAUCAGGAGAAACUGCUGGUGUACAGCUUCUACAAACAGGCAACCCAGGGCGACUGCGACAUCCCUGCCCCUCCUGCCUCAGAUGUGAGGGCCACAGCCAAGUAUGAGGCAUGGAGCCAGAACAAAGGGAUAUCCAAGAUGGAUGCCAUGAGGAUCUACGUUUCCAAAGUGGAAGAGCUGAAGAAGAAGGAAGCUAGCUAAUGACACCAUGGUAGUAGACACAAGGAAGUAGCUUGGGUCCUCUGGUAGUGAAUGGGCUUCUUAAAAGAUCUUGGCUGCUUAAAGGGUAGCAAGGGUAGCUGACACAUCAAUA